AUGCUACUUCCUGAUCCUCGAUCUCGCUUUCAAUCCACUCAAUACAUUUACCACGCAGCCAUUCAAUCCGGUCUCAUCCUCGCACAAAUCCCCACCCGUGAAGGUGGCACAAAUGAAGGCCUGAAAUAUGGCAUGAUCAUGGCGGAGGAAUUGUAUGCUGUAGACCCAAGCAUCGCACUUACAAUUCUCGGUACAGGACUCGGUCUUUCUCCGCUCCUUCUCUUCGGAAGUCCAACGCAAAAGAAGGAAUUUCUCGAAUCAUUUUUGUCCAAAGAAGGGACACCAUUAGCAAGUUUCGUGGCUUCUGAAGUGGGUGGAAAUGCUAAUUGGUUGGAUCCAUCUCCGAGUGCUCGAGGAGUACAAACAUUCAUUGAACAAGACGGGGAUGAUCAUUGGAUUCUAAAUGGUGAGAAAAUAUGGGCGACGAAUGUAGGUGGGUGGACUUCUCGAGGUCCGCAUUUGAUGUGUGUCGUUUGUCGAAUGAAAGGUAAUUCUACUCCACUUUCGUCAAUGUCAAUCGUCAUCGUCACUCGAUCUGAUAUCGAUGCGAACCCAGCCGAUGCAUUUACGGUGGUCGACGAUUUUGAAAUGGUCGGACAUCGCGCCACUUCCGGUCCCCAUAUUAAACUCACCAACCUUCGAAUUCCCGCAAAGAACAUGCUCUGUGAACCAGGAAGUGGUGCUCAAGCUGUGGAAACGGUAUUCACUGCAUCGGCUUGUAUUGUCGCAGCACUUUCAAUUGGAAUCAUGCGCACAGCGUUCGAAAAAGCCUUAUUCUUUGCCAAAUCAGAGACUCGAAACGGUAGCCAUGCGAUCAUUCAUUAUCAAUCGGUUUCCGAUAUAUUACUUGUGAUGAAAACAAAACUCGAGACAUCAAGAGGACUUGCUUCCCGAGCUGUUGAAUUACUCGAAUCUCAAGGAUCAGGAGAAUUAGCGCAUCUGGCAAAAAUUUACUGUUCCGAAAGUGCGACUGAAGUUGUGGUUGAUGCUAUGAAAGUUGUUGGUGUAGAAAGUUAUCGAGCCGAUUUUGGAUUUGGACAAUUAAUGGACAAUGCAUUGGUGUUGUCUGUAUUCGAUGGUGGUAAUAUAGGAGUUCGCCGAAGACAAGUGCAGAAGAUAUUUGAAAAUGAGGAAUACAAUCCACGUACUUUACUCGCUUGA